AUGGCCUCGACCAAGUGGGAGCAAGAACAACGCUCCGGUCGUCGUGGUAAGUCUUCACUUGGUGGCCAUCUUGACGCUUCUUCUAACCUGUACCUAGGCGCCUACGAAGACUCGCACACAUAUAGACAGGGUACAGAUCACGGAGCUAACGGUAAUGGUUCCUAUCGCGCCAGUACAAAUUCGCCCCAGCUUGGUGAAGGCUACCUUCCCCCAAACGGCCAUGUUCCUCAUGUUUCCCAAAGGAUGCCUGUCCCGGAGAUGGCUGCCUAUGAUGACCCCAGACGGAUGUACGGUGCUCCUCCCCAUUCUGCGACCCCUGUCACUUCUGCUUUCGGGGAUCCAUCCAUGUAUGCUUCGCACCCGCCCAGGCCGUCAGCCAAUGGAUAUGGUCCCCCAGGAGAUUUUUUCAAUGGCCAUCCUGGAUAUGCUCAUGAUGCUCCUCCACCCCAUGUCAGAGGCCCUCCCCAGUAUCCUCCUUCGUAUCCCACAGGGCAUAGAGAUCCCAGAGAUGAUCCCAGAUAUGCCCCGGAGUACCAGGAUCAGAUGAGAUACGCCAAUUACCCUCCGGCCUCUGUCGCACCAAAUGGAGCCCCAAGUCCUCAGACCACAAGGUCGGAUCAUUAUCUAACCACGACUACUGCGCGUGGACUAACCCCACCUAGUAACUACCCUCCACCGCGCAUGCCACAGUACGACUCAUAUGGACGCCGUAAGUUUACUACGAGAUAUUCACAACAUUCAUGGUAG